UUGGUUGAAGUUGAUUCGAGUAAAGACAAGAUAAUGAUGGCUGACUGUUGUCUUAGACCAGAAGAUAUUGUAGGAAGAAUUGUCACUGCAGCUCAUUCUGGAAAGAGAUUUUAUGUUGAUUGCAUUCCCAAUGAUAUGACUGCAGAGAACUCAUUUCCUAGGAAAGAAGGUUACCUAGGUCCUCUUGAGUACAGCAGUUAUGCUGCUUAUUACAAGCAAAAGUAUGGAGUUGAUUUGGUCUAUAAAAAGCAGCCUCUAUUAAGAGGCCGUGGUGUUUCAUAUUGCAAGAACCUUCUGUCACCACGAUUUGAACAUUCAGAAGAACACGAGGGUGAACUUGAAGAAGCUACUGACAAAACAUAUUAUGUUUUCCUCCCUCCUGAGCUCUGCUUUUUACAUCCACUUCCGGGAUCCCUUGUUCGGGGUGCUCAGAGAUUGCCCUCGAUCAUGAGGAGGGUUGAGAGCAUGCUGCUUGCUGUUCAGCUUAAGGAUAUGAUUGGUUACCCUGUCCCAGCACUGAAGAUCUUGGAAGCAUUGACAGCUGCUUCCUGCCAAGAGACUUUCUGCUAUGAAAGAGCAGAGCUUCUUGGAGAUGCCUAUCUGAAAUGGGUUGUUAGUCGGUAUCUUUUCCUUAAAUAUCCCCAGAAACAUGAAGGCCAACUCACCAGGAUGAGACAACAAUUGGUAAGCAACAUGGUAUUGUACCAAUAUGCCUUAAAUAAGGGACUCCAAUCAUACAUCCAAGCAGAUCGAUUUUCUCCAUCGAGGUGGGCUGCUCCAGGGGUGUUGCCUGUGUAUGACGAGGACAUCAAUGAAGACGAAUCAUCCAUAUUUGGUCAUGAAAUAACAGAAAAUGGGACUGUAGCAGCAAAGACUCUUGCUGCUGAUGAGUUUGAAGAUGAGGAAGCUGAAGAAGGUGAGCUUGAUACCGAUUCAGGUUCGUAUCGUGUACUCUCUAGCAAGACGAUGGCUGAUGUUGUGGAAGCACUGAUUGGCGUAUAUUAUGUUGAUGGUGGAAAGUAUGCUGCAAACCAUUUCAUGAAAUGGAUCGGGGUUGAGGUUGAUUUUGACUUCAAAGAGACUGAGUACUCUAUUAGGCCUUAUAGCAUUCCCGAGAAUGUACUCAGGAGUGUUGACUUUGAUAAAUUACAAGGUGCUCUGAACAUCAGCUUCAAUGAUAAAGGCCUACUGCUAGAAGCAAUGACUCAUGCUUCACGCCCGUCUUCUGGGGUCUCCUGUUAUCAAAGACUGGAGUUUGUGGGUGAUGCAGUACUAGAUCAUCUCAUCACGAGGCACUUGUUCUUUACAUACACAGAUCUUCCCCCUGGCCGAUUAACCGACUUGAGAGCUGCAGCUGUGAACAAUGAGAAUUUUGCACGUGUUGCGGUUAAACAUGGCCUUCAUUUACACCUUCGUCAUGGAUCCAGUGCCCUAGAAAAGCAGAUUCGUGACUUUGUGAGUGAGGUUAAAAAUGAACUAUCGAAACCAGGUUUCAACUCCUUUGGUUUAGGGGAUUGCAAAGCUCCUAAAGUUCUUGGUGAUAUUUUUGAAUCAAUUGCUGGGGCUAUUUUUCUUGACAGUGGGUGUGAUACUGCAGUUGUGUGGAAGGUUUUUCAACCAUUAUUGCAUCCAAUGGUCACACCAGAAACACUGCCGAUGCAUCCAGUUCGUGAACUACAAGAACGUUGUCAACAACAAGCUCAAGGCUUAGAGUACAAAGCAAGUCGAAGUGGGAAUAUAGCUACAGUUGAAGUAUAUGUGGAUGGUAUUCAGGUUGGAAUGGCUCAGAAUCCUCAAAAGAAAAUGGCACAGAAGUUGGCUGCCAGGAAUGCCCUUGUUGUGUUGAAAGAGAGGGAGGAAGCCGAAGCUAAGAAGGCUGAAGAUGGGAAGAAAAAGAAGAACGGAAACCCGUCGUAUACCAGGCAGACGUUGAAUGAUAUAUGCUUACGUAGAAAUUGGCCUAUGCCACUGUAUCGAAGUGUGCACGAGGGUGGUCCAGCACAUGCAAAGAGGUUUACAUAUGGUGUACGCGUAAAUACUUCAGACAAAGGAUGGACAGAUGAAUGUAUCGGAGAACCUAUGCCGAGUGUAAAGAAAGCCAAGGAUUCUGCAGCAUCUCUACUACUGGAACUCUUGAAUAGAUGGUAUUCAUGAACUCUUUUACAGAUAUUGCAGUCUUCUAUUGCUUAUCAGGAUACCUAUUCCCUGCAAAACAAGCUUACAUAAUGUCUGUCUCUACUAAAAAUUUGGGCCCUAAACCCCCUUGGUAAGAUAUGCUUUUGUCACUAGCAACCAACAAAAGCUGCCUCAUUAUCCCACAAAAAUAUGUAGUCUUUGGAAUGAAAGACAAAUAUUACGUUAAAAUCUCCAACUGAUCUGCCCCUUUUUAUUCUUGCAUGGGGUUAAUUGCCUCAUUUUCUGGACAAAUGAGGCUGUUAUAGAAAUGUUUGACUGUACGGUCAUAUUAUUUGUCUGUUAAGGUU